AUGAAACUAACACCCCUCCCCUUCCCCCUCGCCCUUAACAUCGGCACCGACAUCGUCCAUCUCCCGCGAAUAACCCGCCUGAUCAACCGCCCAGGAGGCUACCUCACCCGCUUCACGCGCCGCAUCCUCUCCGAGCAGGAAGAGCGCGACUUCCGCACCCGAUUCUCUCUCCCACCAGUUGGCUCGCCCACUCGGCAGCGAAACAAGGAUAUAGAGGCCAAAGCUACAGUUACAUCCGAAAUGGCGCGGUGGCUUGCUGGGCGGUUCGCGGCGAAGGAAGCGGGCAGGAAGGCCGCGAGGGGCGGUGCGAAGGCUGUGGGGUGGAAGGAUGUCGUUGUGAGAGUAUCUGAUGGUGCUGCCGAGGGGAGACCGGACAUUGUUCUUUUUGAUGAUAGUGAGGAUGGAGGAAGGGGGCGGAUUGGGCGGUUAUCGAUCUCGCAUGAUGGGGAGUAUGUGGUUGCGACUGUGCUUGCGGCGGGUUGA